AUGGGGAAGGCUUCCAAAGACAAGCGAGAUGCUUAUUAUCGACUUGCCAAGGAGCAGAAUUGGCGAGCCCGUUCGGCCUUCAAAUUGAUCCAGAUUGACGAACAAUUCGAUCUAUUUUCUCAUACAGAUCCGGAGAGUGUGACGCGAGUCGUUGAUCUCUGUGCCGCGCCUGGGAGCUGGAGUCAAGUCCUCAGUCGAGUGCUGAUCAAAGGAGAAAGCUUUGGGCGUAGAGCGUGGCUGGAGAAGCGCCGGCGAGACCAGAAAGCUUUGGAACAGCUGGAGACUGACGGCAGUGUUCCUAGCGGGCAAGAAACCGGUGAGGAUGAGGCCGAUGAGUCUACAAUCCUAAAGCCUAGAAAAAAUGUGAAAAUCGUCUCGAUCGACCUCCAGCCAAUGGCUCCAUUAGAAGGAAUCACCAUAUUAAAGGCAGACAUCACUCAUCCUUCGACAAUUCCACUACUACUUCGCGCUUUAGAUCCGGAAGAUUAUGACCAGGAUUCCACAGAACAGGAGAAAUCCGGAUCAUCCCUCCCUUCUCGACAUCCUCAUCCUGUCGACCUAGUUAUUUCAGAUGGCGCUCCAGAUGUCACCGGUCUCCAUGACCUAGACAUCUACAUUCAAUCACAAUUACUAUAUGCAGCGCUGAACCUGACAAUCGGAGUUCUUCGCCCUGGCGGCAAAUUCGUUGCCAAAAUCUUCCGUGGCCGUGAUGUCGACCUACUUUAUGCCCAACUUCGAACGGUGUUUCGAAAAGUUUCCGUUGCCAAACCUCGCAGCAGCCGUGCGAGUAGUCUCGAGGCCUUUGUCGUUUGUGAAGGAUUCAUGCCGCCUGCAGACAGUGACCCGGCUCGCGCGCUCCAGAAUCCUAUGUUUGGAGGCGCCGCUAAUCCGCAAGUCAACGAAGACGAUACCGUUGGAGCCGAGGUGCCUGCAGAUUAUGACGAAAAUGACCAACAAUCGAAGCAAGUCGAGCCUAUUAUAACAGACACAACUACAUCUGCCGAUGAAAACCGUAUAGUCCAAACACGACUUCUCGAACAACUUAGCAUUUCUGAAACAACCGAACACAAACAGCCAGACGAAUCUCGCUGGAUUCCUGCCUUUAUCGCUUGUGGAGAUCUCUCUGCAUGGGAUUCCGAUGCAACGUACGCCCUUCCAGAGGGAUACGUUACUCUUGACCCAGUUCAGCCUCCAACAGCGCCUCCAUAUAAGAAAGCGUUGGAGAUGAGAAAAGAAUUAGGUGGCGCUUACGGCAAGACCAAAUUAGGUCAAAUGGGCCGAGCUUGA